GGGCUGGGCGCACCUUUGGGGCUGGAUAUUAAUAACGCGGCGGGGAGGGACGGGAGGCGAGCGGGAGGGGUGUGGGGGGGGAGCCUCGCCCGGCCCCCCCGGAGCUGCGCAGGCGAUGCCCGAUCGUCCCGGGUCCCCCCUUCCCGCCGACACCGGGACUCCGGGCCGGGACUGAACCGCCGGGACUCCCCGGACGAAGGGCGGCAUGGCCGGUUGGAGGUGUCGGGGCGGCCCGGUCCCCCGCGGGGAACCCCACGGUACAGGGCACCGCUGGCGGCUGCUGCUCCUGGCCUGGCUCAGCCUGGGCUGCGGCGUCGGCACGGCGCAGGACCCAGCCCUGGGGACGCCUGUGUGGGUCCCCGAGCCCCCAGUCCCUGCUCGGCCCCGCCGGCAGCCGGCCCGGGGGACCUGGGGGCCCUGGGGACCCUGGAGCUCCUGCUCCAGCUCCUGCGGGGACGGCGUCGCCCUCCGCACCCGGAGGUGCCUGCGGUUCACUGAGGAGGACCUGUGCACGGGCGAGCCGCGGCAGUACCGCCUCUGCCAGCUCCAGGGCUGCCCCGGCGGCUCGGUGCCCUUCCGUGCCAUGCAGUGCUCCCUCUACGACAACAAGCCCGUCCUGGGCACGCCGGCACGGUACCGCUGGGUGCCCUUCCAUGGAGCCCCCAACGUCUGCGACCUCAACUGCCUGGCCGAGGGGCACAACUUCUACUACACCUUCGGCCGGGUGCUGGACGGCACCCGCUGCGGCCCCGGCUCCACGGACUUCUGCAUCAGCGGGCGCUGCCUGGUGGGUGCACGUGGGGCUGGGACCCCCAGGACCCCCAUCUCUGAGCCCCCCCACCUGAGGCCGCGUCUCGGCUCCCCGCAGAGCGUGGGCUGCGACGGGAUCCUGGGCUCGGGCGCGCGGCCCGACGCCUGCGGCCAGUGCGGCGGCGGCCACGACACGUGUCUCUUCGUGCACCGGCUCUUCCAGGGCGCGGACCCCUCCUCCGCAGGUUAUUUUGGGUACAUGAACGUGACCAAGAUCCCAGCUGGGGCCACCCAGAUCAAGGUGACGGACAAGAGCCGCAACUACCUCGCCCUGAUGACGAGUGAUGGGCGCUACAUGCUCAAUGGGGACUGGUCCAUCGCUUGGCCGGGGCCGUACGAGGUGGCCGGCACCCGGCUGCAAUACUCCCGGGCUCCCGACGGCACCGAGAGCCUGGAGGCGCCUGGACCCACCGACGAGGAUCUGCACGUCAUGGUCCUGCUGCAGGAGCCCAACCCCGGCAUUGAGUACGAGUUCUGGCUGCCCCGCGGGCACCCCCAGCCCAGCCGCGGCGACGCCAGCCCCCUGCGGCAGCCCCAGCCCCGGGGGGCUGGCAGCCCCCCGCCCCAGGAGCUGCCGGUCACCCCGGUCCCCAUCCUGCCGUCCCAGCCCAGGGGCUCUGCCGUGGAACCGCCACCGAGGAGCCCCCCUGGCCGGAGCGGGGCCGGGGCUGCCGCAGGGCGAUGCGGGAGGUGCCGCCCGGCCAAGGGACGCUCCCAGCGCGUCCGGCACUUCUGCCAGAGCGACUUCGUCUUCCAGGGCCGGAUCCUGGCACGGCGCUUUGUGGGGCAGGAGACGCGCUACGAGGUGGAAGUGAAAACGCCGUACCGCCACCGCUUCCCGCUGGUGGCCCGGGAGUACCUGUGGGUGCCCAACACCUGCGGCUGCCCCCCGCUCCGGGAGGGCGGAGAGUACCUGCUCAUGGCGCGGCGACACGUCAACUACGAGCGCACGCUCAACCGCAUCCUGCUGCAGGACGACGGCUACGCCCGGCCAUGGACGCCCCGCGAGGACCGCCUGGUGCGGGAGGCGGCCCGGCAUUGCCCCCAGCCCCGGCCGCCCUGAGCCCCCCCUGGCUCCAUCGCCUGGGGAGGGGGCAGCCGGCGGGACUCCGAGGGCUGGAAACGCUCCUGCCGUGCACCGAGCCCUUUCCAUGGCUGUGGAAGGGCCGGGGUCUGCAGGGACCCCCGUCCCGCCCUCCGCCAUGUG